CUGUCUAGUGAGGGAUUGCAUGUUUUUUCCUUUUUCUGCUGAAACAGGAAUCCUUGAGCAGGUAACCAACAUGACAGUUGCCAUUUCAUGUUACUUCUUUGCCAGAUGCAUUCGUGGGGUUUUUUAGUGGAAUAUCAACCGUACUUACAAUUUAAGAUAUAAUAGCUUAUGUUCUUGUCAGAGAAGACGGAAGAACCUUGUUGUUUAAUAUCUGCCAGAAGAAAGGUUCAUAUAUGUGGUAACUAGCUGUUAUUUGAGAGUUUGCCACACUAAAGUCUGGUUUUUUAAAAAUUAGGUAAUGGUUUGGAGUGUGUUUUCAGCUGGCAAUCUGACUUGAAGCAACAGAUAACUUUCAUCUUUUUUCCCAAAAUACUACCGAGUUCUCUGUUAUUUGAGGUGAUCUAUGUUACUUAGGGAUGGAAGAUCACAGCAUCCCAACAGACCUUGCCCAGGAACAUCUACAUCAUGCUACUCGGUCCUUUUCACUCCUGGAAAUCUUACUAAUGCAGUCAGAGCUCUGCAAGAAUGCAGAGAGCCUUAUGACAUGCUCAUUAAACUCUGGGACUGGGAUAAAAAAUGGUCUUGUUCUCAGGUGUUUGAAGGACACACCCAUUAUGUCAUGCAGAUUGUCAUAAACCCAAAAGACAAUAAUCAGUUUGCCAGUGCCUCUUUGGAUAGGACAAUCAAGGUGUGGCAGCUUGGCUCCUCUUCACCCAAUUUUACUUUGGAAGGCCAUGAGAAAGGAGUAAACUGCAUUGACUAUUACAGUGGAGGAGACAAGCCAUAUCUCAUUUCAGGUGCAGAUGACCGGUUGGUUAAGAUCUGGGACUACCAGAAUAAAACCUGUGUACAAACAUUGGAAGGACAUGCUCAAAAUGUGUCAUGUGUCAGCUUCCAUCCUGAAUUGCCUAUCAUUAUCACAGGCUCAGAAGAUGGAACUGUGCGCAUUUGGCAUUCAAGCACUUACCGCUUGGAAAGUACCCUCAACUACGGUAUGGAGAGAGUGUGGUGUGUGGCCAGUUUAAGAGGAUCCAAUAAUGUGGCUUUGGGGUAUGAUGAAGGCAGCAUUAUUGUUAAGCUUGGUCGUGAAGAACCUGCCAUGUCCAUGGAUGCAAAUGGAAAAAUUAUUUGGGCUAAACAUUCAGAAGUCCAACAGGCUAACUUGAAAGCUAUGGGAGAUGCUGAAAUCAAAGAUGGAGAAAGAUUGCCACUGGCUGUAAAGGACAUGGGAAGCUGUGAAAUCUAUCCUCAGACAAUUCAGCAUAACCCUAAUGGACGGUUUGUAGUAGUGUGUGGUGAUGGUGAAUACAUCAUCUACACAGCUAUGGCUUUGAGAAACAAGAGCUUUGGUUCUGCACAGGAGUUCGUAUGGGCACAUGAUUCUUCAGAGUAUGCAAUCAGGGAGAGCAACAGCCUUGUAAAGAUAUUUAAAAAUUUCAAAGAGAAGAAGUCAUUCAAACCUGAUUUUGGAGCAGAAGGCAUCUAUGGUGGCUUCCUGUUGGGGGUCAGAUCCGUUAAUGGUUUGGCAUUCUAUGACUGGGAGAACACAGAAUUGAUUCGCAGAAUUGAAAUUCAACCCAAACAUAUUUUCUGGUCUGACUCGGGUGAGCUUGUCUGCAUUGCUACAGAAGAAUCUUUCUUCAUUUUGAAAUACCUAUCAGAAAAAGUUGCAGCAGCCCAAGAAACACACGAAGGUGUCACUGAAGAUGGAAUUGAAGAUGCUUUUGAGGUUCUUGGUGAGAUUCAGGAGAUUGUGAAAACAGGCUUGUGGGUAGGCGACUGCUUUAUUUACACCAGUUCUGUGAACAGACUCAACUACUAUGUUGGAGGAGAAAUUGUCACUAUUGCCCAUUUAGACAGAACAAUGUAUCUUCUGGGUUAUAUCCCUAAGGACAACCGACUUUAUUUGGGUGAUAAAGAGCUAAACAUUGUUAGCUACUCUUUGCUGGUCUCAGUGCUUGAAUAUCAAACUGCUGUGAUGAGAAGAGAUUUCAGUAUGGCUGACAAAGUUCUUCCCACAAUUCCAAAGGAACAAAGAACCAGAGUUGCACAUUUUCUUGAAAAACAGGGCUUCAAACAACAAGCUCUUGCAGUAUCUACAGAUCCGGAGCAUCGUUUUGAACUUGCUCUUCAACUUGGAGAAUUAAAAAUAGCUUAUCAGCUUGCAGUGGAAGCAGAGUCAGAACAGAAAUGGAAGCAACUUGCUGAGCUUGCCAUUAGUAAAUGCCAGUUUGGCUUAGCCCAGGAGUGUCUCCACCAUGCACAAGACUACGGCGGACUACUGCUCCUGGCUACAGCUUCAGGAAAUGCUAACAUGGUGAAUAAGUUAGCAGAAGGAGCAGAAAAAGAUGGCAAGAACAAUGUUGCAUUUAUGAGCUACUUCCUGCAGGGAAAGCUUGAUUCAUGUUUGGAACUCCUGAUUAAAACUGGGCGUCUCCCAGAAGCUGCUUUUCUUGCACGGACUUAUUUGCCAAGCCAAGUUUCAAGGGUUGUUAAACUGUGGCGGGAGAAUCUCUCUAAAGUCAAUCAAAAAGCUGCUGAGUCCCUUGCUGAUCCUACAGAAUAUGAAAAUCUUUUUCCUGGCUUAAAGGAAGCUUUUGUUGCUGAAGAGUAUGUUAAACAGAGUCUUGCUGACUUGCGGCCAGCCAGGGAAUACCCCCUUGUCACUCCAAAUGAAGAAAGAAACUUACUUGAAGAAGCAAAAGGAUUUGAGCCUUCUGGAGUAAUGGCAUCUCAGAAGGCUGAAGAACCAGAUCCAUCUCCAAAACAAGAUGUGAUGAAGACAGUUUUGCAGAAUUCUGAUCUACUUCCAACAAGAGAUCAGAAGACGCUGCUGGAUUUGGAAGAUGACUUGGAUAACUUGGAUCUGGAGGAUAUUGAUACCACAGAUAUCAAUCUGGAUGAAGAGAUCUUAGAUGAGUGAACAUCCUUUUUAGAUGACCAAAUCAUUUACUCCAAAUAACGUAAUGAAGUUCUGUGGACUAUGUGCUCCAAGUUAAUUUGAUUUUUAUACUGCAGGUGGACCACGUACAUGUAGAAAGAAGGGUAGACCCAGCAACUGUACAAAAAGAAUUAGCUGCCAGUAUGUUGAAAUUCAAGAUGUAGGCCUGCUCUACUACAUACUAAAAAAUGUUUUAUCAAGCAAUUCAAUAAACCUUCUUAAACAUUCUAA